UCGACGAUUUCAGCGUCUGAAUCCAGCUCUGCACUGCCAUGUCUGCACAGAUGUGUCUGCUGCGCGGGGGCACUUCCGUAACCAUAGCAACCGAGGUCAAAACCAAACUCAAAGGAGAGGACAUAUGACUGUGCCCCUGGUGCCCCCCUUUAAAAGACAAGAUGGAGCCCCGUCAUGGGAUCAUGAAAGCUUUUCCCAAAGUGAAAAGGGCCAGAGUACUUCAGGAAAAGGAUGCACCACCACUGAAGAAGAAACCUGACGAAUGUGAUGUCACAGGAAACUCUUUUAAUGGAGUCACAGUGUACAUCCUGCCCGCUGGAAUCGGAAGUGCCAGAUGCCAGAUCUUUCAAAGACAGAUUCAACAGAAUGGAGGACAGACGGAGAGUUCCCUGUGUCCCACUGUCACUCAUGUUGUUGUAGAUGACAACAUGGACAGUGACAGGGCUCUGCGCCUACUGAGAGUGGAUUGUAUGCCCUCUGGAGUGCAACUGGUGAAAUGCACUUGGUUGAGCUUGUGCAUCAGUGAGAAACAACUCCUGGAUGAAGCCAGCUACAGCCUUCUUUUACUCAAGAGGGAUUCUGUCAAACCUUCUGCAGGUACUAGUGUAGAGCCAGUGUCUCAUCAAACCGAGCCACAGGAGACCAUAGACAUGACAGCACCAGAUACCAAAGAGGAACUGCGAGGAGAAGAAGAUGUAGUCUCUCAGAGUGACCUGGAAGCACUCGUCAAUGGCCAGCACCCCAAGGAGGAGAUGCCUGGCCAGAGCCUCGACCCCAGUCUAGACUCUUCGGCUCAGAGGGCGGUCUCAGGAAAGUGGGUCUGUGCCCACUCCUCCCAGUCCAAAAGUAAUAACUUCAACAAGCACAUCACAGACAAGCUAGAAGUGCUGGCCAAGGCCUACACGCACCAGGGGGACAAGUGGAGGGCGCUGAGCUACUCCAAGGCUGUCAACGCACUGAAGAGUUACCACAAGCCUAUUACAUCAUAUCAGGAGGCUUGUCAGAUACCAGGAAUCGGGAAACGAAUGGCUGACAAAAUUGAUGAGAUUAUGGAGAGUGGACAUCUCCGGAAGAUAGAUCACAUCGGGGAGGCUGUGCCAGUGCUGGAGCUUUUCACUAACAUUUGGGGUGCAGGAGCUAAAACUGCACAACUGUGGUACCAACAGGGAUUUCGCACUUUGGAGGACAUACACACAAAAGCCAACCUGAGCAACACUCAGAAAAUAGGACUCAAGCACUACAAUGAUUUUCUAGACCGUAUGCCCCGAGAAGAAGCAGCAGCCAUAGGGAAAAUGGUGAGAGAUGCCACCCAGGCUAUAGACCCAGGCCUGUUGGCGGUGGCAUGUGGCUCCUACCGUCGGGGAAAAGCCACAUGUGGAGAUGUUGACGUACUUAUAUCUCACCCUGAUGGCAAGUCGCACAAGGGCAUUUUCAGCAAAGUGUUACAGAGCCUCCAUGACAGUGGGUUUUUGACAGAUGACCUGUUGAGCCAAGAGGAGAACGGAGACCAGAAGAAAUACAUGGGCGUGUGCCACUUGCCAGGACCCGGCCACCGCCACCGCAGGCUGGACAUCAUCGUAGUACCUUACGACGAGUUUGCCUGUUCGCUCAUGUAUUUCACCGGGUCGGCACACUUUAACCGCUCAAUGAGAGCCUUGGCAAAGACAAAAAGCAUGAGUUUAUCCGAGCACUCGCUGAACAAAGCUGUGGUGCGUCAGGGAAGCUUGAAGGUGUACGGCGGCACUCCACUUCCUACACUGACAGAAAGGGAUAUUUUUAAUCUUUUAGGCAUACCGUACAGGGAGCCUCCCGAAAGGGACUGGUGAUGAUUUUCCAAUCACAAUGUCAGGUUGGGUUUUUUAUGGAAAAAUAAUCAUGAUGACAAUGAUGGAAGGAGAAUCCGUGAUUGUGCACAAACAGAUCACCUUAGAUUCCUGUUUGACUUGAAUGCUAAUUUUAUUCUACAAGUAAAAUGGUUGGGUUCACUUGAAACUGAAAAACAACAUAUUUACUUCUUCUUACUAGACUGUAUCUAUCCCUCCAGUUUGUUUAAAUUGUACAUGCCAAGUUUUUUUGAGAUGUCCUGAAAACUCCCCAGUUUAAUUGUUGGAGAUUACAAAGCCUUUUAAAGUGAUGAUUUUUAUCUUUAAAGGGACAAUCUCCUUAGUAGAGGGCGGCUGGAAUAAGAGGGGUAACUACGAACACAACUCUUAACAGUGAAAUUCCAUCUAUAUCAAUGAUUCAAAGGCUGGCAGCAAACAUUUCAGAACUGGAUAUCUCCGAACCUCAGCAGGUAUAUCCAUUAAUUAUCUGCAGGACUAGAUACAAGUAGAGCGAAGGGGGAAAAUGUGUAGGGGAGGGAAGUGAUUGAUUGUGUAUUUUAUUAUGCCAGAUGAGGAAUGUAAUAAAACGUACUGAAAGGUAA